GAAGUUGAAGCUUCUGGGGGAAAGUUCCGUGUCCUUCGCCGCGUCUGCAUCAGCGCUCGCACGGAUCCGGCCCAUGAUCAGCCCUGUGCAGCAGCGAGCGCUUGGGUUGUGGAUGGAACGAAGCUCCGGCCGCCUCAGCCGCCGCAAGGACUUCGAGCUGGACAGGGCCGAGGUCAUCGGCUUGCUCCGUGCACUGGUGGCCUGCAGCAAGCUACAGUCUCGGAUGCUAAGCUGCUGCCUGAAAGUGCUGCAGAAGGAUUCCGAGAGCUUGGCUCCCUCGCAGAUGCUGGUGGUGCUCUUGGCCCUUCGCACGAUUCGACCAAGACGGCUGAACGACCAGCAGCUGUGGUUCCUCCGGCGCGUGCAAUCCCGAUUCGAGGAAUUUCGUUUGCCACAGUUAGCUUUGGCUCUUUGGCGAUUGCAUGGCAUCCAGGAGGAGCUUGCAGAUGGCGCGGAGAUGCGGCAGAUGAUCGAGUCCGGCACGGCUCGCUUCCGAUCUGCACGGCUUCGAUGGCCACAGGCGCCCUGGCGCCGCCACGCCGAGGCCGGUGAGACUCCAUCAGCCAAUCAGGCAGAGGAAGUAGACCUCAGCAUGGAGGAGUGGCGGUGGCUGGCGAACUCUGCAUUGCCUUGCCCGCUUCUGCACGAUCAAGGAGAGGGUCCCAUGCCGUGGACUGCCGAAUUGCUGCGACCUUUUGCUUCCUGGGUGGUGGCGGUUGCAGAUGAGAUCAAGACAGAGGCAGAUCUCCUCGUAAGCAUCACUUCGUCGUUCACAUCCGCCGAGGACGAGGACGCCGUCACCCCGGAGUCGUUUGCGCAUCGAUGCCUCGUGGAAGAGACAGUGGAUUUGGUGCCACCUCCGCACACACUCACGCACAGAGGCAACAAAGUUUCGGCCCUGGCAUUUGAUCGUAGCCUCUCCUUGACGCCCAGUACUGCAUCCUUGUCGCAGUUCUUGGUGUUCAUACAUAGCAUGGCGUUCAGGUUCGACAGCGCUACCGUGCAGUCCUCCAGAGGGAUGGACUUGCGUGGACAGGCCGGGAAGCUUCAGACACGGGAUGUGCUGCGAGCAGAUUGCGAGCAGAAUUAG